AAGGUGCUGCUCCGAUUCGAUUCCAUCAACCGGAAUCAAUCUCCAGAAGUUGGGUGGGCACCAGUCAAUUUGCGGCGUGUUGGAUAGAAAGUACUGUUCGGUGAAAUAUUUACACCCCGGUGAUCAGUGGCUUAUUUUGCAACGCAUCGUUGGCCUCAAUCCACCCUGAGUGACGGACUGCACAGGCCGGUUGGCCGUGAGUUCCUUUCGGUUUGUUACGUCAACGACGACAGCUACGGACCCGAAACAAGUUUUUGCCCAUUGAACCGAAUGGAAUUUUUGCCAGGCGGCAGUCACUAUUUUGCACACAACAUGGUCAAACGGCAAUUCCGCGCGAUCGGCAUAAUGAGCUACCGCUGAGUGGAAAAAGUGCAAGAGUCAUAAUUUUUAAACUCAACGUGACGCUGUUGAGUGAUCUGAAAUUAAAGAAGAAUAAAAUAGUGUAAAUAAUUAGUGAAGCUUUAGCUACUGGAAGUGCGUCAAAUUUGAACAGCUGGAUUUUAUAGCGUGUGAAAUUCGUUAACAACAAUGCGACGAAAUCCAAAUUAGUGCAAGAUAAAAUAAUUCCCUAACAAUUGUGUCAACAACCACCAGGUGGGUGGUAGAGUGAUAGGAGCACCAACCGAGCAGCUAAUCGACUGCCCAACAAACUACAAACGCUCAAACUUGUUUUGCGAAAGUUUUCUGUUUUUGUGUUCCCUGCAAAAACCAGCUGCUGCUGUUGCUACCGAGCAAUAAAACAAUAUGGAUGUGGCGGAAAGUAGCAAACUAAGCGAUGGAAUCCCUUCUCCACUAUGGAUGUUCUGGAAGCGGCGGAGAUACAUAGUAGUAUUUAUGGCCUUCCUGGGUUUCUUCAACGUGUAUGCUCUGCGAGUGAAUCUCAGUGUGGCCAUCGUCGCUAUGACCGAGAUGCGGGAAGUAGACUACGGUAAUGGCACAAUCGGACAUGAGCAAUACUUUGACUGGAGCUCACAGUUGCAAGGCUACGUGCUGAGUUCAUUCUUCUAUGGAUACAUUCUGACACCGUUUCUGGGUGGAUUCAUCUCCAACAAACUCGGUGGCAAUUAUGUUUUCGGCGUCGGUAUAGGAGUGACAGCCGUGCUGACCCUUCUCACCCCACUGGCCGCCAAAGCUGGUGUGGGUUGGUUUAUCGCAGUGCGAAUAAUCGAGGGCAUCUUCGAGGGUGUCACGUUCCCGUGCAUCCAUGCCGUGUGGUCCAAGUGGGCUCCACCUUCCGAACGAUCUCGAAUGGCAUCAAUUGCCUUCGCUGGCAACUAUGCCGGAACGGUGGUGUCAAUGCCCUUAAGUGGAAUUUUUGCCAAUGCCUAUGGGUGGGAGAGUGUGUUCUAUAUUUUCGGAGCUAUCGGGUGCGUCUGGUUCGUGCUGUGGACCGUUAUGAUAAAGACAUCGCCCGAGGUAGACCGGAGCAUCAGCGCCAACGAGAAGGAGUUUAUUUUGUCCAGUCUGAAUAGGACCGAAGGAGUACCGGAGAAGAUCAGGCACCCGUGGAAGGGAAUGCUGACGUCGGCGGCGGUGUGGGCACUGGUGGCUUCGCACUUCUCCGAAAAUUGGGGAUUCUAUACGCUGCUAACGCAGCUGCCGACGUUCUUGAAAGACACAAUGCACUUUCAGCUGGAAAAGACUGGCUUCAUCUCCGCCAUUCCGUACCUGGUCAUGGGCAUCCUCCUAUUCGUUUCCGGUUAUCUGGCUGAUCUGAGUCAACUCAAAGGAUGGCUCACCACAACACAGGUCCGUCGGUUUUUCAACUGCGGUGCAUUCCUCGGUCAAACGGUGUUCAUGAUUACGGGAGCAUUCAUCCUGAAGCCGACGGCCACGAUCACCUGUUUCACGAUCGCCGUCGGUAUCGGUGCUUUCGCGUGGUCCGGCUUCGCCGUCAAUCACCUGGAUCUAUCACCGAAGAGCGCUGGCGUGCUGAUGGGAAUUUCCAACACCUUUGCCACCAUUCCCGGAAUUGUGAGUCCCAUCAUAACGGGUUACAUAACAUCGAACAAGUCGGACGACGAAUGGAGGGUGGUGUUCUACAUUGCAGCGGGGAUUUAUUUGAUUGGGUGUGUGAUUUAUUGGAUUUGGGCUUCCGGCGAGUUGCAACCGUGGUCGAUUGAAGCGCAGGAGAAACUGAUCAAACAGCAGAAUGGACGAAAGAGCGCCGAUGGCGGUUACGCGAAUAAGCUGACGAUCGAAGACGAAAAGUGACGUGGGGAAGCGGCGUUCCUGAAGGGGAAAUCGAAAGUAUUUAACUAUGUGUAGUUUACUGAAAAACA